ACAGAUGGUAGUUGGUGGCGAAGAGGCGCAAGGAUGUAAAACACAUCUACCGUUUAUUAAAACUAAUGAGCGAAGUCGCCACGCACGUCUGUCCGCGAAGUUGAGCGAUCUUUUUCUGAGGAAGCAGCCAAUCACUGGAACAAAACACUGCUCAAGUUACUGGAUGUCGGAGUCAGUGCCAGAGUUUUGGCGCGCCUGUACGUAACCGGGAGGACUCGGUCAUUAUCGGUGGUAUGACAAAGACAUCUUGUCUCUUCUUCGGUUUCUUCUUCAGGAUGGAGAUGUGCACACAUGUUUUCCAGAUCUCUGGGAUAAAGAUCCACGAUAAGAAGAGAGUUUUGGUCCAGGGGAUCCAGCAGCUGGGCGGAAAAUACAUAGGUGGCUCAGUCUAUCAGUAUGCCAGCACCCACCUCAUAAUCCCCCAGGUUUUGUCCUGCGAAAAGUUUUUGGCAGCCUGUGCUGCAGGAAAGUGGGUUGUGACUCCAGACUAUGUGUUGGACAGUGUUAAGAAUGGUUCCUGGCUUGCAGAGGGACCCUAUGAGGUGGCCAUUUCCACAGGUGCCAAGUCUGCCUUCUACCCUGUCAGGCAGUGGAGGGAGAAGGUGGCCAGUGGGAGACUAACGGGGGCCUUCCAAGGGUGGAGGGUUCUCCUCAUGGUCCAAGAGCCCAGCCGCAGAGAGAUGUUCAUACGGCUGCUAAACGCAGGCAGGGCCAAGGUUUACCACAUCCCUCCUCCCUCUCAUGUCUCCAUCACUCAUGUCAUGGCUAAACCCGUCACAGAGAACUCAAAAUCCUACAAUGCUCCUUGCUACCCUGUGAGCCAUAUUGUCCAGCACCUUUUUGGGAGGAAUUGCGUGGAUAUGAAUUUCAUUGUAACGGAUCAUCAUCCAGCAGAGAUGAAGAAUGCCAACUUUGUUGAUGUUGACUUCUCUAAUCUGGAGACAGAGCUCAGGGACUAUGUCGUCAAAAAGGAGGGCCGGCCGAGAAUUUGCUUCCUUGAAUUUCUGGGUUACCAUGACCCUUACCGUCCACAGUUGCAGGCGACAGAAACAGAUUUUAGCAAUAUUGGUAGUAUGAUAGAGUGUGGUCUCUUCACUGAAGCCUUGGACUCAGUCAGAAGUGCUGUGUUCCCAGGUCUGCUGCCACCAGUGCCAUACCUGAUCUCCCUCUUAGAUUAUGCACAGCAGGGUAACGCCACAGCCGUCUUCCUAAGAAAUUUCCAGCAGGUCAUGCAUAACCUGCUCAUUACCAACCCUCCCUGGCUCGCUCCCAGCUCAGUGAAAAAGUAUUUCACCCAGCUGUUGCAGUGUCCUCGGUGUAAAAUGGGCCUUUGGCCUUUUCUAGAGUCAGCCAUCAGUUACUGCCUGUCCAGUGAGGUCACUUGUCACCCCCUCCCUGGACCUGCCCUGCCAACGCUGAUACGUUUCCAUCGUGACCUCGUGGCAUUUUUCCUCAGGCUCUUCCAGGGGGAGCUUCACUCCGUCACCACAGGGGAUUUUAUGCUCCUUAAGGGAACAAGAAUCUCUCAGGCAUCAUCGUCAGGAUCUUUGCUGUAUGUAACCUUCUGGACUGUGUGGGAGCGUUCCACCCUGCUGUCUCGAGCUGUGAAACGACUAACCCAGCUCUUGGUACAGGCCGCCGUUGAGGACUACGCUGAGAGAGAUGAGAAGCAGAGGCUGCAUUUGGCGGACACCCUGCUGGACCUCCUGUCUGUGUUGGUGGAGUUCUGGUGUCAGCAGCACUUCAAACUGAACCAGAACCUGGUGGAAAAGGGCCUGAAAGACCUAGCAGAACAGUUUGCUGUUAUUAGCCAGGAUGUGUCUCCAGUGGUUCUGUCAGAGCUGGUUGUCAGGGUUUCCUCUACCAGACUUAAGUUGGUGAUGGCGGAUGCUAUAUUCAGGAAUCUCUGUUGCAGAAAUGGAAUCACUGUGGGAGAUGAACCCCUCUCUCUCAAGAAAAUGGUGCUGUCCUACCUGCCUGCUCUGGGACGUUUAGCUCGAAGUCCCAGCGAUGCUCGCCUCAGGACUGGACCCACCUCCCACGGCUGCACUAGCCAGGAGACUGGCUGCGGAACCCAGGGCUCUUUGGUGAAUGAAACAAGCCUGGAGAAAGAGAACAUCCCCAGAGGUUUGAACAGAGUCAACGCAGCAGGAGAGACCCUCCUCCACAGAGCUUGCAAGAGGAACCAAGUGGAAACAGUGCUUCAGAUUCUGGCGCUUCCUGGCACGGACGUCAACGUUAAAGAUCAUGCAGGCUGGACGCCCCUGCAUGAAGCAUGUAACCAUGGUAGCACUGCAUGUGUGGAGGCUUUGCUACGUCACCACCCCACCCCUGUGCUUAAUAACCAGGUGGAUGGAGUCAGUCCACUUCACGAUGCUCUGCUUAAUGGACACAUGGACAUUGCCAAAAUGCUACUGGAGCGUGCAGGCUCAGUUCUCCUGCAGCAGACUGAUGGAGACAGGCGGACCGCACUGGAUCUGGUUUCUACAACAAGUCAGAGGGAGGAGCUCCUCCACAGUGCACAGGUUGGAGAUUCGGCCCUAAGAAACAAAGUGACUGAAGUCUUGAACCUUCCCCUUCUGGAGGCUGGAUCCUCUCUGCUGGCCCACCUAAUUUUCUCCUACCAGCAGGAGAGGGGCCUGUCAGGUCUCAAGCAACCCAAUGACAAGGCCCACAGCCUGGGCUACAGGCUGGUCAGGGCCCUAGAGACACACUCCUUCCAAAAGGUGUCUUUGGGAUGGACAGACCAGCGGGUAGUGAGGUUGGUGGAAGAUGCACACACACUGUUGGAGCUCAGCAGAGGGAGGUACCUGGGGCAGGUGUCCCAGGCUGUGAAAGAGUGCAAAGGACAGAACACACAGUUCCUAAUGGAGAUACUGGAGGAUCUAAAGUCUCGGCGAGAAGCGCUAGUGGUUGAUCUGUGACACUGGCUCAACAGACAAUACACUGAAAAAUACUUAAUUGCACAACCUGUGAUUGAAAUCUUAACAAAGCGGCAUCAGUUCCCGAUAUAUGCAGCUAUUAAUUCAUACAAUCCACCAAGGCCGCAAAAUAUCUACACUGGCCACGGACAUGUUCUGGCUUUCACUGAAUAUGUGCCUCCAAAAUAACGUGGCAUUCUCCUGUCUUCCCAUUCAGGUAGUUGGGUAAGAAUGUGAUAGUAUGGUUUGGUUAUAUUAUGCUACCUUGUUUUUAAAAUGUUUUAUACUUUGCAAAUAUUUCUGCAAUAGAAAAAUGUAUUUAUGUUGUUUUCAUUAGAAGGUUUUGAUAGUAACACUAAUAUUUCUGUGUAGACUGUUACUACCUCAUGUAUAUUUUUCUUAAUGUUUAAAGAUAAAAUUGUUUUUCACAUGUUAACUAUUAACUAUUAUUUGUUACAAAAUAAAUGAACGUAAAUUAGUUGACUGCUACACUCCCAUGCUAUCAUGUCUAGUAUUUUAUAAGCAGAAAGUCAGAGGAAAAUGGCUACUGCAGUUGUAGUCUGAGAGGUGCUCUGACAGAUGGAGAGGCUUUAUGUGGGGACGACAGUGGAAAAGUAGGACCAGCUCUCACAGAGGUCAUCCUGGUUUGAGAUACUUGAGGCACUGAUGUGAACCCAGGGUCUCAGCCACACAGACAGUAGUGAGGAAGGAGCCACUUCCUGAAGCUGAACAUGAAUGAGGGGAUUAGAUCUGCGUGUCGGGGUGGGUCAAGUGGGCAAUGGAGCAACGCAGGUGAGGGGGAGGGAUUUGAACCUAAAAUUGUGAGCGUAGUUGAUUUCUGAGGUGGAGACAAACAGUCCUAUAUUCCCUUUGCUUUUACCAGUGUUUGCUUAGAAAUUAACUUGUCAAUUGGAAAAAAAUUUUUGCAAUAAUCCAGACACACUGAAGAUGAUAAAAAAUAUUUAAUCUCGUGUUUUUGUCUCUUUUUUUCCAAAAUAAGCAACAUACAUCAGAUGCAUUUAAUUUCUCAAACCAGAAAUAUACAUCAUGUUUUCUUUCGCUCUUUCUUUCACCCCUCCUGACCUGCCCACGUGUCAGCUCGUACAGUAUUCCUGUCCUGAAAUGUCAUUGGUCAGAACUGGGUACAUGAAAAUGAUGUCACAGGCAGGCAACGUUGCAGGCGGAAAAAGACAGAUCUUAGAAAAUGAGGCAGGCAUACACCUACUUUACAAUAUCAUCACCAGACCAUCAACAGGCAUACUGUAUAAAAUACAACCAUAAAUUAAUAAGUAGUUAACUAUGUACUGUAUCAUUU